GCGGCGCGUCGUCGCCCUGCGUGUUCUGUGAACCCUAGUGCUGUGACGUGAGAGUGGAUUUGGUGACCCGGAUUCGAGAUUGUGUUGUGCUUGAGUGAGAUCUGUGAGUGACAUUUUUAUGGUACGCGUAUGCAACAGUUUUCGCCAAGUAGAGCAGAAAAUAUCGGGCCAGAUGUGAAAACAACAACGAUGGUGACACCACACCGCUCCGAGUCAAGCGCGAGCGAGUGAUAGCGACGAUGUCGCACGCGAUAGGUUGAGGGAACAACCAAGAUGGCGGUCGCCGAACUGAUAGGCUACUUGGCGGUCGCGAUCUGUGUCACGUGUCCGGAAUAUGUGCUAUCAGCACAGCGGGAGACGGGCAAGAGCCUGGCCAACGCGACGGCUCCACCGGCCGCUGACAACGUCAUCCGCGCCGCCACCGCGGAGCCCAAGCCCACGCCGCGCUCCGGGCCGUACUUCGACCUGGCCGCCUCCAAGAAUGUCACCGCGCUGCUCGGCAAGACGGCCUACCUCAACUGCCGGGUCAAGAACUUGGGGAAUAAAACUCUGAACAUGCAGGUGUCAUGGGUGAGACACAGAGACAUACACCUGCUGACAGUUGGCCGGUACACCUACACGAGUGACCAGCGAUUCAGGGCUAUACACCAGGCCCACUCGGAAGACUGGACGUUGCAGAUAAAAUACCCGCAACAUAGAGAUUCGGGUAUCUACGAAUGCCAAAUAUCAACUACGCCUCAUAUGAGCCAUUUUAUACACUUAAGUGUCGUUGAGCCAACGACUGAAAUAAUCGGAGGGCCCGACCUGUACAUAGACCGGGGCAGCACGAUCAACCUGACAUGCGUGGUGCUCUACUCGCCCGAGCCGCCUGCUUACAUAUUCUGGAAUCACAACGAUGCGAUAAUAAGCUACGAUUCACCACGAGGGGGUGUAUCAGUGGUGACAGAGAAGGGCGAGACGACAACAUCUUUCCUUCUCAUCCAACAAGCCAGACCAUCCGACUCGGGGACCUACCAGUGCAACCCAAGCAAUGCCCAGUCCAAAAGCAUUGUAGUGCACGUCUUAAACGAAGCAAAUUCGAUUUUUCCUUUAUCAGGUGAGUAUCCGGCCGCAAUGCAAAGGGGCGGCCAAGCGUUCGCGCCCACUUCCGCUACCCACUGCAUCGUGUUGGCUAUCAACCUGUUCAUCGCACUUUCUUGACAUCUGAAACUGGAUUUAGUACUGUAAAUAUAUACUACUUCGCUGCUUUAAUUGAUAUUUGUCAAAGGGUCUACGUUUAUUUUAUCGUCUCCUACACUUCCCCUCCGAAACGAAUAUCAAUAUUAGCAGCCGAACUACCACCGCUAUUUUAUAGUACCGGUUGUGUUAUAUAAAAUAUAAGUCUCUAAGCGGAUAGAAAUGCUUAUCUAGUAUAGAAUUGUAUAUAACGUAAAAUAAGAUAUAUUUAUAUUGGUUUUUAAAGAUUAGCAGUAGCCAGCUCUAAAUAUGUUUUCCUAGAACCGAUUCAGAUGUAGAUAGGAUGUUAAAAGUUAAACGAAAAAUCGAGUUAAUUUAUCUAAAAGCUUAUUGAAUUUGAACAUCUUAAAAGUUAGAACGAAAAUGUUGAUGUUUAAAGGAAACAGGAAUGAUAUAACAGCUGACAAUACUAAAAUAAAACCAAGUGUAGAAUACAAAGGUGUACAUAUAAACAUAUAAGAGUAAAGUUAUACGAAUCACUCUAUCUCUAAAUCUAAGUUAUGUAAAUUGUAAGUAAUGUAUUAGAAUAAUUAUUAUGUGGUUUAGUAGAACGAUGUAAAUAUUGUACCGAGACUAACACAGGUUUUAAUGUACGCUUUCAUUCGAUUUGACUUUUUAAUAUUUAUAUUGCUCUGUAUAAGUUGUA